GGCGACCGGAAGCAGAGCAGCAGGAGAGAGAGCACACCGCGCUCUACCAGGAGCCGCUGACUCGGGCCUGGUGUUUGCCAUGCAAUAGAAUUGUUGCUUCAUCUUUAAUUUUCUCGCCAAAGUUACCCUGUGUUCUAUCCUGCCAGCUACUUUGUACCCCGGUAGUAGCUAUUCUUCUGUAUAUUGAUAUCUCCCCAGAGAGAGACUAUGGGUUCCUCCCAAAGACGCGCCUGGGCUUCUCUCCUUUCCUAAAUGAUGAUAUAGCAAGCUCGUACCGCUGAGACUUGAUUUGACCUUUUAAUGACUGGCUUCUUUCUCUGCCACCAUGGGCCGCAAGCCAAACACGCUUAUCACCGAGUUCUUCCACCGUGGUGAGAAGCUGCCAGACUCUAGCAACAGAUAUGAGCAUACGUGUAAGCUCUGUGGGGAGAAGUUCCUCAAAGGCCGUCCGGAUACUCUAAUCAACCAUAUCACGAAGAUAUGUCCGGCAAUAUCCACGGCGGACAGAGAUCGGGUGGCCUACUUGUCUGGGGCAGCCGCGAACCGAUAUCGAGAUAAAGGUGCUGUACGUCAUAGCCAGUCUGUUCCUAGCUCACAUACUGCGGCAAUGAGUGAUCAAGCUCGUGGGAAACGCGCUGCAAACUUCCAGAAUGGCCCCAGUUUAAAUGGCCUUAAUGUGCUUGCCGAGGCGUCAAGGAGAGUUGGUGCCUCAAACGAAGGACACAUACAGGAUCGGAUACUGGAACUCAGCGCUGCUGAGCGCGACAUGGUGGUUGAUCCUGCUCUCGAGAACUCGUCUAAGUUCAGUCUUGAAGCUGAAUUACACGCUCAGUUUAUUCACACAUCGUCACCAACCGCUCCCUUUUUCUCAACAUCCUCUGUGGAUGCUACGUCGCCUCUUCCAAUGCCUGCCGUGCAUUCCCUGCUCUCGGUGGACACGCACCCGGACCACCACUCGUCUCAGCUUUCAUUGAUCGCUGCAUCCGCAAACGAGAUGGUAACGGAUGACCGUUCUAGCUCUUUGGAAUCGGCAGCCAUGUGCCACCAAAAGUCGGAUGCGUGGCAGCUUCCACCCCAGACCGCACCCCCACAGGCUACCAUUGGCCUUUCGCCUACCAUUGAACUGCCAACUUCAGACGAAAUGAUGAUCCAAAAUCAUAUUCCUGCUGAACUGAGUAUGCCUCCCGCUUCCAAUGAACGGCCCGGAACAUACCUUCGACCCCUUACCACGAACCCCGAAGUUCAACAGUCUAAUAGUGACUUCUUCUGUGAAGUUGUAGACACCAAGAAAUCGAAUAAAAAACGGUCGACUUUCUCUGAAGAGAGGAGGAAGGAAGUUAGGGUAGUGAGAAAGAUGGGGGCCUGUCUCCGAUGCCGGAUGCUGAAGAAAACGGUGGGUGAAUACCUUAAUCGUAACUCUCUAACGUACAAUUACGGUAUAUUAACGUUUGUCACAACGUCAGUGCUCAGCCGGAACACCUUGUGGCCAGUGCCGGAAUCUUCAGAAUCCACGCGUUUGGAUGGAGUGUUGCAUCAGAACUCGCCUUAUGAACCAAUUAGAAUCCUAUUCAAUAGGUAA